AUGUCUCAGGACCACACUCAACUAGAUAGCAAUGUCAUCUGCCAGCACAUAUUCCCCAUGGUGCAUGCUGAUGCGACUAUUUGUGUAAAGGUGUUGCAAGGAUCAGUUGAGUCAGCGUACGGGUACAAGGUGUCUUACAAGAAGGUUUGGCACGCAAAGCAGAAGGCAAUCGCAAGGAUCUAUGGUGAUUGGGACGAGUCGUAUGACCAGCUACGCAGAUACUUCAAUGCGCUCCAAGCCUUCGUACCAGGGACAAUUGUUGACCUCCAAACGGUCCCGUACUACAUCGGAAACACCCUUGACCGUGAUAGUGUCAUGUUUCACCAGGUUUUCUGGUCGUUCCCUUCAUGUGUUCAAGCGUUUAGGCAUUGCAAGCCGCUAGUCUCAGUAGACGGAACACAUCUGUACGGGAAGUACGCUGGCACUCUUCUCAUGGCCAUAGCACAGGAUGGAAACAACAACAUUUUGCCUGUCGCUUUUGCCCUCGUCGAAAGAGAGAACACAGAUUCAUGUUUUAAGAGUAAGGAAGCCAAAAGACACCUGGUUAAUGCCGCUUAUUCGAAGACGCAAGAGCAGGCGCAGUACUACCUUGAGUUAAUUAGCAGCGAGGAUCCCGUAGCAUCGCCACAGAUGAUGGGUUGGAUACGAGGAUUGGAGCCACCUAAAUGGCUGCAGCACCUUGAUGAGGGCCGACGAUAUGGUCACAUGACAACCAACCUUUCCGAGUGUAUCAACUCCGUCCUGAAAGGCACUAGAAAUCUACCCGUCUGUGCAAUUGUGAAGUCUACCUACCAUCGCCUAAAUGAGCUAUUCGUCAUCAAGGGUCGGCAAGCACAAGCUCAGAUUGUAAGCGGUCAAGUGUUCUCACAGUUCCUACAAAAAGCCAUAUUAGCGAAUCGUGAGGGAAUUUCUCAGAUGCUUGUGACGUCGUACGAUAGAGCCACCACUGUAUUCACAGUCGAUGAGAUAGCUGCUGUAGGGGUGCAAUCUCGGUUUAGGGUUAACCUUCAAGCUCGUAGAUGUGACUGUGGUUACUUCCAGGCGUUACAUUACCCAUGUGUUCAUGCUCUAGCCGCUUGCGCCUACUCGAGACUAGAGUGGGAACAGUAUGUUGACUUGGUCUACCGGGUUGAGAGAGUGUUUCGGGCCUAUGAAGUGGAAUUCCAGCCAAUGCCGGAUGAGGAGAUGUGGCCCCCUUACGAAGGACCACGUGUCCGUUCUAACCCCCUCCUACGACGCACACUUGAAGGACGUCUGGUGUCUACGAGAAUUCGGAAUGAGAUGGACGAGGUGGAGCCAGGACCUGGUAAGCGGUGUGGCCUUUGCAGGCAACCAGGACAUACAAGGCGGCAUUGUCCCCACGCUUCUUCAACCUAG